AUGACGGUCAACGUUGAUUCUUACAAGUAUCUUUCAGGAUUUGGAAACCAUUUCUCGUCUGAAGCGCUAGAGGGAGCUCUACCGCAAGGUCAGAAUACUCCCCAGAAAUGUCCUUACGGACUAUACGCUGAGCAGUUAUCUGGAACUGCUUUUACGGUGGAUCGACAACAUAACCAACGCAGUUGGCUCUACCGCAUCCGUCCUUCCGUAGGCCACUCGCCCUACGUAUUUUACAAAAGACUUCAUCCUGACUUUGCAUCUUCCGAAAUGCGAUACAUCCCCAAUCAGCUUCGAUGGAGUCCGUUUCCGUUACCAGCAGACGACAAUCCGGUUGAUUUUCUUGACGGUUUGGUGACAAUCGCAGGUGCCGGAGAUCCGACUGUGAGAAACGGCUUGGCAAUACAUAUCUACACUUGUAACAAAAGUAUGGAGAAGAGGGCAAUGUAUAACUCUGACGGCGACUUUUUGAUUGUCCCUCAGACGGGAAGGCUAGAUAUUACAACAGAGUUUGGUAAAAUGUUGGUGGAGCCGUUGGAGAUAGUCGUGAUUCCAAGAGGAAUUAAAUUUUCCGUGCGUCUUCCACAGACACAUGCGCGUGGUUAUAUUUUAGAAGUGUUUGGCAAUCAUUUUGAAUUGCCUGACUUGGGACCAAUAGGCGCAAAUGGCUUGGCGAAUCCGAGAGAUUUUUUAACCCCAGAAGCUGCAUUCGAAGAUAAAGGCGAAGCGUGGCAAAUGUAUAAUAAAUAUGCUGGACAAUUUUUUGCAGCAAUUCAGGAUCAUUCUCCGUUCAACGUAGUCGCGUGGCAUGGAAACUAUGUUCCGUAUACGUACGAUCUCAGAAAAUUCAACGCCGUGAAUUCUGUAACGUUCGAUCAUAUGGAUCCAUCAAUAUUCACAGUCCUUACAUCCAAAUCUGCUUUCCCCGGCACAGCAAUAGCGGAUUUUGUCAUAUUCCCUCCGCGGUGGGCAGUACAGGAACAUACGUUUCGCCCUCCAUAUUUUCACCGUAAUUGUAUGGCUGAAUUCAUGGGUUUAAUUACUGGUGAAUAUGAAGCUAAGGCUAAAGGAUUUCUACCCGGUGGUGCAAGUCUUAUGACGCCUCAUGGCCCAGAUGCUACUACUUUUGAAAAGGCAAGUAAUGAGAAACUGGUACCUACUCGCGUUGCUGAUAAUACGAUGGCAUUCAUGUUUGAAUCUUCCUUGAUGCUUGGAACAACACAAUGGGCAUUGUCGACGGAAGUAUUACAAAAUGAUUACGAACAAGUAUGGAAUGGAUUGAAGAGUCAUUUCAGGACGAAUAAGUGA